AUGGAGCAGCCCCUUUAUUCAAUGUUGGCUCAGGGCGGCCCACUCCCCACCCAUCCAUCCACCUGCCCGCGGCCUCACCCGCGCCCCCUGCCGUCCCGGGGCGCGCACGGCUCGGCGGGUAUGGCUAGGAGGUCGGAGAAGGCGGCGGGCCGGCCGCGGGCUGCAAAGCUCAUUAUCUCGCCCUCUCGCUUCCCCUGCGGUCUCUCGCUCUGCGCGCACACACCUCACACACGCACACGCACACACACGCGCGCACACACGCAGCCGGCACAGGCGGCGGCGGCGGCUGCCCAAGUCAGGACGAACCUCUCUAGGUACCGUCUUGAGAAGGCGGCAGCGGCGGCGGCGGCGGCGGCGGCGGCGGCGGCGGCGGCAGCCCGAGCAUCCCUCCUCUCCCGGAGAGGGAGCACCGCCGAGAGUUUCCGUUCCCUUUGCCAUUCCCUUCCCCCUCCUUUUCUUUAUUUUCGAGAGAAUUUCUUCUUGGCUUAUUGGUUUAAUUUGAUUUUUAAAAUUUUGGGUUGCUUUUGUGUAUGUGUGCUUUUUUUUUCUUUCCUCAUUUUAUUUGCAUCCAGAGCAUGGCGGGCUGCGGGCUGUCGGAAGACACCCUCUUCUCUUCCUUCUUUUACAACUACGGCUUCUCCUGGGAAACCCCUUCCAACCAGCCCAGCGGGAACCCGAGAAAGAGGCAGGAGCCGGCGCGUUACCCCGAACAACUCCAGGCAGAACCAGGGAACUCGAGCGCAACCUUCCCCAAGUCGCCGCGGGCGCCGCGCCCCUGUGCGCCCGGCGCCUACCCGCCUUCCAGUUGCACCGAGGGGCUGCAGAGCCAUGAGCCCCCCGCGACGUGCUGUCCCCCCUCCACUCCCCUCGGGGCCCGAGCCGCCUCUUUCCCUAAAAUGGCUGCAAUCUCAAGUAGAGGCGUCCCCUGACCCGCGGAGGUGGGGGGGGGUGGGGUGCAGAGUGGAGGCUCCGCUCCUCCUGACCCCGCGCCUCCCCCGGGGCGCACAAGCACCCCACAAACACACACACUUAACUUUGAUGACUGUGCAAUGCAGUCCGGCUGCAUCGUGCCCUAGACGCUCCACGCCGCCGGCCUGUAGGUGUGCGUGUCGGUGUGACUCGGGGGGCCCAGGAAAACUGGGGGUAGACGCCGGAAGGGGGGCGUGGAAGGAAAUGGGUGUCAGCGGGCCACUGGUAACCUGGAGAGACAGGCAUGUGCUCAGGGUCUAG